AUGAGCAAGAAAGAAGAAACUCCACCGACCUUUAAUGAAAUCAUGAACAAGGCUGCCAAGUCUGCCAUGAGAGGAGGAACCGCAGGUGCUGUGGCCAUGGGUGCGAACGUCGCCUGUCUGAUGUGGAUGAGGACUACCAUCAACUACCAAUACCGCACCGGAACAACCUUCCCCGGUGCCCUCCGAACAUUGUAUGCCGAUGGUGGUAUUCCUCGUUUCUACCGAGGAGUCUUGCCCGCCUUGGUCCAAGGGCCUCUUUCUCGUUUUGGAGAUACGGCCGCCAAUACCGGUGUCUUGACCUUGAUGAACAGUCUGGAUGCCACCAAGGAUCUAAACGUUGGAUUCAAAACUGUGGCAGCCAGUGCAUCUGCAGCAAUCUUUCGAAUUUUCCUCAUGCCUGUGGAUACCGUCAAGACUACCAUGCAAGUGACUGGUAAAUUCUCAAAUGUGGUGGACAAGGUCCGAGUUGCCGGUCCCAUGGCCUUGUACAAUGGAAGUUUGGCGGCUGCAUCGGCCACCUUUGUCGGUCAUUACCCAUGGUUCUUUACUUAUAACUUUUUGAGUGAAAAGAUUCCAGAACAAGACGAUGCCUUGAAAAAGUUGGGACGCCGUGCCAUUUUGGGAUUCUGUUCGAGCGCUGUCAGUGAUACUUGCAGUAACUCGAUUCGCGUCUGCAAGGUGUACAAACAAGCGUAUCCCGAACAAAUUUCGUAUCCACAAGUCGUCCGGAAUGUCAUUGCGGAGUCUGGGGUACGAGGAUUAAUGUUCCGUGGUUUGGAAACCAAGAUUUUGGCGAAUGGUCUGCAAGGUAUUUUGUUCUCCAUCUUGUGGAAGCACUUUGAGGAGGUUUUGUUCCCCAAGGGCAAGUAA